UUUCAAGUUUUGCGAUAAUUUUUGACGUUUCAUAUCAGCUGUUUUCUUUGUGAAACCAUAACAAACCGUUGAAUUAUUAAGUUUUUAGCAGAACGUUUUUCAAUUAAUUUUCCGGCCAUGCAGGCUACCAUUAUCCUAGGGCAGUUCGCAAGGCUCGCGAGGCGUCAGUUUUCAGCUUCGACCCAAUCCACGCUCUCCGGGUCCCAAACAAAGAACCAACAAUUGCCACCGCCGACAACAAAAACCGGCGAAAAAAUGCUUGGAUGGCAGCUGCACAACUAUGGGGACAUUGACGAACUGCAGCUCUCCGAUAAGCUUAAAAUCCCCCAGAUCCGCAGCUCCAAUGAGUGUUUGGUUCGGAUCCGGACCACGGCCGUGAAUCCCAUCGAUCUUGCCAUGCUACGCGGAUAUGGGGCCACAGUGCUCAAUAAGAUGCGUUGUCAGCCGGGCGAUGGCAUCGAAUUCCCGCUCAUUUUAGGUCGCGAGUUCUGCGGCGAGCUGGUCCAGGCGGGCAUGGGUGUACCAGCAUCCUUGCUUCCGCUGGGGACCCGCGUUUGGGGAGUGGUACCUCUGCAGGCCAGCGCAGGAGCUCACGCGGAAUACGUAGCCGUGCCUUCAUAUUGUCUGGCUCCCGCCCCGAAAGAAUUAGAUGACAGUGAGGCAGCCAGUGUCUUGUACGCCGGGUUGACGGCGUGGUCUGGUCUGUACAUCACCGGGGGUCUGGGCGGUCCUUGUGGAGCCACCACAUCAUCCGGCGGUGGUGCCCACAAGCGCGUCUUGGUUCUGGGCGGAUCUGGUGGCGUUGGCUCGUUGGCCAUACAAAUCCUCAAGUCACAAAAAGUACAGGUUCUCGCAACUUGCAGCGAAAAUGCCGUUGAAAUGGUCCGAAAUCUUGGAGCCGAUUUCGUAGUAAACUACAACAACGUCGAUGAACUAGAAGAGCUGUGCAAGUAUGCACCCUACGACAUAGUAUUGGAUUGCGCAGGUCAAGGCGGCCAAAAGGCGGCUGAAUCGAAGUUCGACUUUCGGCAGUACAUCACAUUCUCAUCUCCUCUGCUGGCCAACAUUGAUAAGCAGGGAUUGGGAUUAGGAGCACUCCAGAAUGUGUUCGAUCUGGUUCAGACCAAUGUGAAAGCUGUCACCCAGCGCGGCGGCCUUGUAAAGUGGGGGUUCUUUAGUCCCGCACCACAAGGUAUCCAAUUCUUGCAAAAGCUGGUGGAGCAGCGGAAGCUGAUGCCGCUGAUUGAUAGCAGCUACGAGUUCGGUGAUCUCCCAAAGGCCUUUGAGAAGAUGAAAGCCGGACACUUGCGGGGCAAGAUUGUGGUGAAGGUCUGAGGGUAAAUAGGCGACCGACCGACUGAAUUGUUGUUUAUAUUAUAUUAAAGGCUUGUGUGGGUUCAUUUAAA